AAAAGUGGGCAUAAGUCGGCUAAAAUUUCAUCAGGCAGCGCUAGCGAUCGACUCCCUCGCGGAGAAGAUCGCAAGAAAUGGGGGAAGACGAAGAGGAAUCAUCAUGGGCAAAAGAAACAACCCCCAAAAUAAUCAAAAUAAUCUGCAGUAGAAAUAACCCAUCUUUAUCUCAGAGAGACCUCUACUCCCUUUUGCUCGUCAGCCCCUCUUGCUAUCGCGCUCUCCUCUCUGUCCCCAAUCUCUGGGAGACCCUUGAUCUCAGAGAAGUGAAUAGAGCAGGAGAGAAGCUGAUCUCUGCGCUUUCAUUGGAGAGGUAUAGGAAUGUGAAGAGGAUAAAUUUGGAGUUUGCUAGGGAUGUUGAGGAUGAACAUCUAGUUCAAGUUAAAAGCAAGGCAUUUGAGUCACUUCAAGGUUUGGAGUGUCUAAAUCUUAAUGGCUGUCAGAAGAUCUCCGAUAAAGGUGUUGAUGCCAUAACUAGUGUCUGUCCUGAAUUUAGGACAUUCUCAAUAUAUUGGAACGUUAGGAUUACUGACUUGAGCAUAAAGCACUUGGUGAAGAAUUGUAAGCAUAUAACUGAUUUGAACCUGAGCGGUUGUAAGAAUAUCACCGACCAAAGUUUGUUUUUGAUAGCUGACAUUCAAUUUGGAGAUUUAGUAUUGCUCUUUCUUCCAUUAAAUAUUACUAGGUGUGUCAAGUUGACAGAUGUUGGGUUGCAAAAGAUACUUCCUAGAUGUGUUGGCCUCCAAAGUUUAAACCUUUACGCUCUUUCAAGUUUCACAGAUAAAGCUUAUGAAAAUAUUGCAAAUUUAGUAGGUCUAAGAUUUCUAGACCUUUGUGGUGCGCAGAAUCUUACGGAUCAUGGCCUAUCCUGUAUAGCUAGAUGCAAGAAUUUGGUAUCAUUAAAUUUGACAUGGUGUGUACGCAUUACUGACGUGGGAGUUGUGGCCAUUGCUCAAGGUUGCAGGUUACUCGAAUUUCUCAGUUUGUUUGGAAUUGUUGGGGUAACUGAUACAAGUUUGGAGGCUCUCUCAAGAUUUUGCUCAAACACCCUUACAACCCUUGAUGUAAAUGGCUGUACUGGCAUUAAGAGGAGGAGCCGUCAAGACUUGCUUCAAUUGUUUCCUCACUUGAGGUGUUUCAAAGUUCACAGCUAAUGUUGAGCUAUCAGCAUCAGUUCUUGGACCCUGCAAGAGAAAUGGCUGUGCUGAUGACAGAAUAGAGAUAAAUCUGAGCCUCAAAGGGAAAUGGGUUGGUUGAUUACAGAAAUGCGAUGAAUACCUGAAUCAUUUGAUAACAUAAGGGAUGUCUCUAUGGCUGUUGCAUCAUAAUGUAUUUACUUGGCUUUCUGAUAUGUCUGCAUAAUGAGGGUGUCCUGCUUUCCAGUUUAAUACGCACAAUAGAUUCCUUGAUAAUACGUGUACGAACAGUGUGUCUUGAAAAUUAUGGGUAAAUGCAGAAUUUGUAGCUUUGGUGUUUUUCUUUUUUCUCUCACCCGCAUGACUUUAUCAAAGUAUAAGUGAAGUUUGAUCUUCAGUAUGUAGCUGUACAUCCCGUUGUAUGUCGCUAUGCAUUCAGUAUUCUGUUUUGGGUUUAAAGGCAAUUUAUUUUUGUAUUUUGAGGGUGUGAGAACAUAUGGAUAUGUGUGGGUAAAACUUCCGGUUUGUAAGCAAAACCUCCAUUAUAUAUAUGUUAGAUAUCCGGCUCUCUUCUUGAAAGUUGUA